UACGUUGACCAUUUCCCCUUCUCCAAAAAUUUUCAGAGCAAUAAUCUCCCAUCGCAUCAUACGUUGACCGUUUCCCCUUCUCCUAAAUUUUCAGAGCAUUGAUCUCCCACCACAUCAUGCUUUUGAAAAAUAAGCGUCACGUAUAUUCGAUUAAUUUUUAUACGAUCAGUGUCGUGUCAACUGCUAGUACCAACGGUCCACUUCUCAUAACCGAGAGACAAAAUGUACUCCGCUGAAGGAAGCACCAGCAACGGUUGCAAACGCGUGAAUUACUACGUUCCACGAGACGAAAUUAAGCCGUGCAAGAAACCACGAGAUGAAAUUAAACCGUACAAGAAACCACUUGAUUUAUGCGAUAAACCUCGUUGUAUACCACGUAUUUUGGUACGCAGAUUUGCUUUGACGCGUACUGCUUAUAAAUACUUAGAUAUUGGAAUCAGCGUUGGAAUAACAUCUUAUGUGGAAUUGCAUCUCGGCGAUAACCGAGGUAUUAUCUAUCGACACAUGGGAAUCGUUAAUGCUGAAACGAGCGGACGUUGAACGACUUGUGCAAACGCCCAAUCAU